ACUGACACAGAACGGGCUCGAACGUCAAAUGCGGGAUCAAUCUCUACCAUCUCCCUGUGCAGAAUUCCAAAAGGGUCCAAUCCAAGAAAAAGUGCGAGCAAGUGGAAGAUAGAGUUGGCCGACGGCUCCUAUCAGCGCGAUCCGAGUAUAGUAGUUCUUCUAGCAUCUACAGGCCCGUCAGCCGACAUCACAGUAUGUAUUGCAGAACUUGUAAGUUGUGUCACCUACACCAACAGUCUGUCAUAUUCAACGAUAUGGCGUCGCUGCUUGCACUUCUUCAAUACGAAACCUUUCUUGGUGGUAAGGUCUGCUAAACCGCAUUGAAAGCAUUAAUUUCGUCGGUGUAGGAUGAGUCGAAAGCGAUCCAGUCAAUACAGUGUCUCUCAAGACCACGAAGGCUUCCAUGACUGUUCGGUGCCUCAUCUUCCGAUAUGCGAAGGCUCGCCAACGAUAGCUCUCUCCCUACCGGCAUUCGACCCUCUACACGACUCUGAAGUCCCCGAAUUGACUACAGCGUCAACGUUCGCCAGCUUUGACGAUCCUGCGAGCAAUCCAUUUGAUGAAAGCUUCGCAAACAUAGAUUUGUGGGAAAACUGGGAUGAAAACCAGACCCAGACAGGAUAUAAUCCGACCCAGCAGCUUGUUGAGGGAUACACACCUAUAUUCUCCGGAUCAUCGUUCAGCCUCUACCCUACUCCACCAUCUACAGGCACGCAGACAUCACAGAAUACCUCAAAGAAUCCAUACCUGCUGCCACUGACGAAACCCAACGAACAACAGGGCGAUGUGACUCCUGGUUACUCAUAUGAGUCGUCUGCCAGAUAUAAUGCUGUUCAUACUCCCUGCUUUGGUUACCCCAAUAUGGUAAAGUCUGUUCAAAAGCACUGGUCUAAUGGAAAUGCAACUUCUCCCUUUCCGACGGAAAUCGCAUCACUGGAAUCUCCAAGCGCGCCCCGGUCUCCAAAGACAAUCGCCUCAAAUCCGUAUCGAGAGCAAAGAAGCAGAUCCAAGCAGCACACCAUCGAGAAGCGAUAUCGAGCUCGCUUGAGCGAAGAGUUUGCUCUCCUGUUGGCAGCACUUCCCGAGAAGCUUAUUGCUUCGGAAAUCACUGGGCUUGGAGGACUUCAGAUAGAGAGAGGCUUGAGCAAGAUGGAUAUCCUUGACCUCGCGAAGAAAUACAUUGGACAACUGGAGAAGGAGGGAAUAAAGCUGAAGCAAGUAGGGAGAUCAUUACAAUUGGAUGUGGAUGCGUUUAAGAGGAUAUAUGAUGAUUGUCGGAGACAAACUAGUAGUUGAUAGGCGUAUGAGGGAGAGUGGCUGUGGAAUUUAAUGCAAGAGAGCAUGACCUGGCUCGAGGAUCUCAAGGUCCAUGAAGACUCCGCAGAGAUACGGCUUUUUUUUGGUCGUCUUGCAACGCAACGUUGAACAUUUAUCAACCAUAGCACUGCUGUGGAGACAAUGAAGAGUUAGCUACAGUCUAUUAGUGACGGCCAAAAAUAUGCAAAUGGGUU